AUGCCUGGCAGCUCUUUCAAAGUCAAAGCUCUCUAUGAGUAUGCCUCGGAGGAGCCAGACGACUUGAGCUUUCGCGAUGGUCAAAUAAUUACGGUCACCGAUGAAGAGGAUGCCGACUGGUAUACCGGCGAAUACGUCGAUGAAUCGGGAGAGCGGCGGGAAGGUAUAUUUCCAAGGAAUUUUGUCGAGAAAUUCGAACCGACGAUUCCUACACGCCCUGCGAGGGCUCCUAAGCGGGCCCCUGUCCAUGUUGAACAUACGCCGGAACCUCCUCCAGCGCAGGCACCUCCUCCUGCCGAACCCUUGCAAACACACUCUUUACAAGAGGCAACUCCCUCAAAUGAAGCUCCUAUUUCUGAUACACCCCCGAAGGAGGAACCUGUUGCGCCUGCGCCUGCGCCUGCGCCAAAGCCAGCCGCUCCCAGUCCGGCAGUCGUCUCGACCUCGAGGUCACCUCCCCCCGUGGCUGAUAAGCCAUCAUCAAGCUCAUUCAAGGAUAGGAUAGCAGCAUUCAAUAAGCCGGCUGCAGCCCCUAUCACGCCUUUUAAGCCUGGUGGCAGCACUAGCACAGGUUUUAUCAAGAAACCCUUCGUGGCGCCUCCCCCGAGCAGGAAUGCUUACAUUCCACCUGCGCGAGAGCAACCAGUGCAGAAGCCAUAUCGACGAGAAGAAGAACCAAGUUCACUGGAAGCCGAAACAAAGGAAGCAGCAGAACCCCAUACAUCCUCCCAUCCAGAACCCCCGGAAGAGGAUCAGCCAAAGCCACAGAGCUUGAAGGACAGAAUAGCCCUGCUCCAAAAGCAACAGAUGGAACAGGCCGCGCGAAAUGCCGAAAAGAAGGAAAAGCCAAAGAAGCCAGCCAAGAAGCGAGUCGAGCCUACGGAAUCUUUGGAAGAUGCUGCACCUGCAGAGCCUGCAGUCCAGCAGAUCAGCGCUGAAGAUACAUUUCGUCGUCCAUCUACUGACUUUGUUGAGGAUGAGAGCGACGUCGCCCCUCUGUCGCGGCGUGCAACGGGCAUAGCAGGAGUCACACCGCAGCCUCAGCCGGUGCGCGAACUUGUCAGUGACACCAAUGAUGCCGAUGAUUCAGGUGCAGGUGACGAUGAAGACGCCCAAGAAACAUCUACAGAGGAAGAGCGACCGAAAUCGAAGGGUGUUGACUCGCGAACAAGCGAAGUGAAUAAGCAGAAAGCAGCACCAGCCGAGCAGGACAAAGAAGGCGACGAGGGUGAGGAUGACGAGGAAGACGAGGAGGAAGAGGAAGAUCCUGAACUGCGCCGGAGAAGGGAGCUCCGGGAGCGUAUGGCAAAGAUGAGCGGCGGAAUGGGCAUGAUGGGUAUGUUCGGCCCACCAGGAGGAAUGAGUGCUUCUGGAGCGAGGAAGUCGAAGCCUGCAGAAACUAGACAGCCUGCCGACCCUCAGCCUCAGGAGGCGCCUGAAGAACGACCAGCGCCUGUUCGAAUCAUGGCCCUCCCAGGGAUGUCUAGUGUAGUUUCCAAACGACAAGAAGAGCCAGCUGAGGACAGUGACGAUCAGACAGCUCAAGCUACACCCCAAGAACCACACGUUCAUGAGGAAUCGGAGGACUAUGUUUCACGUCCGAUAGAGAGGCGUUCAACUGAUCGACCUGCUCCGCCAAUUCCUCAAGCGCCUCCUGCUGCACCUCCACGGGAAACCAGAGCAGUCCCGCCACCUCCGCCUGCUUCGUCGAGACCACAUCCACCCAAUCCUCAAUCUCCGACAUCCCGACCUCCGCCCCCUCUGCCUCCGACGGCCCCCUCCGCGGUCGAAGCCCCAGUAAAAGAUGAGGAACUCGAGGCCGAACUAUCUGGUGAAGAGGACGUAUCAGGGCAGCCUUCGGCAGCCGAUGGGUCUCCUGGUCCUUCUAGUGUACAAUCACCUCCUCCUAUGGGAGUUCCCGAGCCCCCAAGGGUCAACACGAACGAUUCCACAGCCUCUCCAGCGACAGACAAGCGUGCGAGCCGGCUUCCGCCGCCUGUUCCCAUGAGCCCGACGGUUGCAUCUCCUCAGACGAGAGCUCCACCACCACCACCUCCUCCUCCUCCAGGCCUUCCCCCCAGUCGGCGGUCUACAAGCGACUCUCGCGGUUUUGGUGUCUCCCAAGGCGCUGGGGGUGAUGCUAGUGAUGAAGAUGAGGUCACGGAAUAUGACGGUGACUACGAUACAGACAUCGCUUCUGGUGCAAAACACAAGGAUGCUUUAAAGUCCCACAAUCGAGAUUCUAGUCUAGAUGACGAUAUGCUCACAGACGACGCAACAAAAUCGCUUAAAAGCCCUACAGCGCGGACUGUCCCUCCGAUACCCCCAGUACCAGCACCCGCGCCUCGGGAUGUUCCACCACCACCACCUGCUCCUUCACAACCCGCACCUAAGUCAAGAAGUUCCAUGGAUGCACCUCGGGCCGCUCCCCCGCCAGUCCCACCUCCGAAAGUUGCCGAUGAUGAGGAAUAUGAUCCAUAUCGAUAUUCUGGGUCGCAGCAUGGGCUACCUUUACACCCGAACAAGACUCAGUACUCAACCAAACUUCAGUCCCCGAAGGAGGAACUUGAAGAGGAAGACAUGUAUGGCGCAAGUCCUCCGCCUGUACACAUCCCUCCUCCCCCUGCUGAAAGAAGUGCUCCGCCCCCGCCGCCACCUGAAAGGUCGGAGUAUGCACAAGCGCCUACAGGAUUCGCGCCACCCCCACCAGCGGUAUCCCCACGACCUUCUCUGGAUGUUAAACGAUCUGGCACAGUCUCACGUCGUUCCAUGGAGCAGUCGAGACCGAGUGGGGAACAGAGUUAUAUUGCCCAUGACAUCGACUUGGGCCGAGGAUCGAUGUGGUGGGUCCAGGAAAACAUGUUUCCUCCCUCACUGCAAGGCCGUCAAGACGUCUUGUUGGAAAUGGAGACUUCUUCGUCUACUAAGCGCGGUGGCCGAACUAGUAUCACGAGGGAUAUUUAUGUUUUAUACAUGGAUUAUUCGCAGACAACCAUCAACGUCAGCUUCGACGCAGCAGAUCCGUCUCAUGUUACGCUGGAGCAAAAUCACCAACGACCACCGCCACCACCUCGGCGAGACCAACUCGAAAGUGCAUCAGCACAGUAUGGCAGUCAGAUCGCCAAGGCAGCUACUAGUGUGCUUGGCUUAUCCCUUGCCGACGGUUCUGCCCAAGGGCUCAUCCUUGAACUCCUAAAACCGCACACGACAGCACUGCGGCCGGUAGGGACAAGGGCGUAUGGCGCGCUGGUCUACGCCAAUCUCGGCAACGCCUCGACACAACAGUAUGACGAGAUACGUCCAGGGGACAUAGUCACCUUCCGCAAUGCUAAGUUUGCAGGCCAUACUGGUACCAUGCACACAAAGUAUAGUAUUGAUGUGGGGAAGCCGGAACAUGUGGCGAUCGUGGCCGAAUGGGACGGCACUAAGAAAAAGAUUCGGGCUUUGGAACAAGGGCGAGACUUGGAGAAGGGUAAGAAACCGAAGCUGAGAGAGCAUAGUUUCAAGGUUGGCGACUUGAAGAGCGGAGAAGUGAUGGUCUGGAGAAUAAUGCCACGCACCUGGGUGGGCUGGGACUCUGGGAAAUGA